CUGAUUUUUCCCGAACUCGGUAGAUAGAGGGCGGGCUACAAAAUGGCAGCGUCCAAGAUACCGAAAGCCUUGACACUCAAGCAGUUUCUCCUUAGACAGCAAGUCUUGAGUCUCUACCGAGACAUACAGCGAUCUCUAAGACGAGUGCCAAACAAGAAGGACAGGGAUGAGUUGAGAGUCUGGGCGAGGGAGGAGUUUAAGAAGAACAAAAAGGAGAAAGAUGAGAUUGUCAUCCGUAUGCUUCUCACGCAAGGAAAGAGAACUCUGCAAGAAAUACAAAGUACCGUGAUUCUUGCUAGGUGAUGUGUAGGUACAAGGAUGGAUGAAACUUUGACAGCAGUAUUGUUCCAAGUGGUAGCAGGACAGCCCGUGCUGCUAUGCAAAUCCGAGACGACUAAGAGGAGACGAGGAAGUCCACAACUGACUGACGUGAGGGACUGUUCCGAGAGACUGCCUAGUUCACAGAGUGAGCUGCUGGGCACAAGAUGCCCCGCAAGUCUCAAAGGACACUGACAAGUUUUGUCAAGGAACCUAUAUUGCAUCCUGCCAGACGACAGGACGGGUACCACCGAGGCAUUUGUAUUUUGCACAGAGAUUUGAAAACACAAUCACAAAUAUUCAUUGUUUGACAUCAGUGCUGCAGAAAGCUACAGCGUAGUCGUCACCCUUGUUGGAUCAUAAAAUCUGCCUAAAAAAAACAACAUCUUCACUCACUUUUUUCGCAAGCAAAUUGCUUUAUAUCUUUUCAUUUAUCAGUACUUAUUAUAAAUAACUGUUGAGUUUACAGCAAACUGUUGUCACAAAAUAAAUAUGUGUAAAUUUAAAUUAGGCAGCAAUUUAACAAGUAAAAUGCUCGGAAUAUAUAAUUUGCUGAAUAAUUUGUUACUUAUGUUGGUAAUACAUCCAUUGUCAAGGUAAACCUUUGACAUAAAAUAGUAAGUAUGUACUGCAGCACCGUCAAUACUCUGUGUUUUUAGAUAAAUAUCAAAACUGA